AUGGCAUUUAACUUAGUGCAGCUCCAGGUUCCCACAUUGAAGAAAGAAAAUUAUGAAAGAUGGUGCAUCCAGUUCAAAGCAUUGUUUGGAUCACAGGACCUAUGGGAAGUUGUCAGUAAUGGGUAUGAUGAACCCACUACUGACCAAGAAGCUGCCUACACUGCAGAUCAAAAGAAUACUCUCAAGGACUUACGAAAGAAGGACAAUAAGGCGUUGUAUGUUCUAUAUCAAGGAUUAGAAGAUUCAACGUUCGAGAAGAUUGCAGAAGCAACAACUAGCAAGAAUGGCGAGAGGCUUGAUGAUGUUCGUGUCAUGGAGAAAAUCCUUCGGUCACUCACAUCCAACUUUGAGCAUGUUGUAACUGCCAUUGAGGAAUCCAAGAAUUUGGAGACCAUGAGUGCAGAGGAACUGCUAGGAUCCCUCGUAGUUCAUGAACAAUGCAUUCAGAAGAAUGCAAGCCCCAUAACGCUAGAGCAAGCUUUGGAGUCAAAGUUGAAUAUUGACAAACCAAAUGGAGGUCGUGGACAGUGGAAUUCACAUCGUGAAAGCUCAUCCAACCAUAGCCGAGGACGAGGCCGAGGAAGAGGUCGAGGCUAUGCACAAAACCGAGGUUAA